AUGACGAGGGGAGAGCCGCAGGACCAGUUCAGCCUGAGCGCCAAUGAGACCCUGAACCAAACCUCGCCGCGGCAAGUGACGCCGAGCUCCCAGCCGAAGGCGGCGGAUCGUCAGUCCAAGCACAUGGAGCCGGGCGCUCCUCCGGUCAGACACCGGCUCAGGAGCUACCAGCUCAGGAGCAAACACUCUCCGCCUGCCGAGGAGACGAGUUCACCAAGCCUGCAGAGGUCAGAGGGUGAGGUGGAGCAGAGGGAACCAGGAAGUCUGCUGCGUCCAGGCCCAGAGCUGAACCCACUUCCUGAUCCCCCAUCGAAGGUGCAGCUGGAGUUUGAGCAGCGGGUGCCGGUGCCAGCUGACAGCGUGUCGGUGCACUGCGGUGAAGGAAAGGUCACGGUAGAAGUCAAACAGAACUUCCUCGGGAACGGGCAGCUGAUCCAUCCCACCGAUCUGACGCUGGGAGGCUGCCCUGCAGCGGACACCACCGCCCACGUCCUGCAGUUCCAGACAGAAUUACACGGCUGUGGCAGCACCAUGACAAUGACUGAAGAAGCUCUCGUCUACACGUUUACUCUGACGUACUCUCCAACACCCAUUAGAAACACCUUCAUUCUGAAGACCAACCCUGUUAAGGUGGGAGUGCAAUGCAGCUAUCAAAGGAGGCACCGUGUGAGCAGCGGUGGCACGAGGCCUGCCUGGAAUCAGCUCUCCUCCGCCACGCGAGCCGAGCAGCAGCUGCACUUCUCCCUGCGUCUCAUGACAGAGGACUGGCAGUCGCAGAGGCCUUCCAGUGUUUACUUCCUGAGUGACGUGAUGCACGUGGAGGCCUCGGUCCUCCAGAGUCACCACGUUCCUCUGAGGAUCUACGUGGACAGCUGCGUGGCCACGACGAGCCCCAGUCCCUAUUCUCAACCCCAGUACUCCUUCAUCGGGAACCACGGGUGCUUCGCCGACGCUAAGCUGACAGGAGCCAAGUCUUACUUCCUGCCGCGGGGCCAGGAGGAUAAACUGCAGUUCCAGCUGAAAGCCUUCAAGUUCUUCUCAGAUGACAAGUAUUCACUCUACAUCACCUGUCGGCUGAAAGCGUCGAAGGUCUCCGUUCCCAUCGAUCCGCAACACAAAGCCUGUUCAUACUUGACUGAAGCCAAAAGAUGGGUGGCAUCAGGUGGAGACAACGAGGUGUGUAGCUGCUGCGAGAGCAGCUGCAGGGAGCCCAGACUGAAGAGGAGCCUCGCAGACGACGAUCCUCGGUGGGGGGGGGCGGCGGCUCUGGGCCCCGUCCUCCUGGAGGAGACGGAGCCGACGGAGAAGCUCCGGACGCGGGAAGCUGUCUCGGACCGGCCGGCGGCCCUGCCGGGUGGGGCGGGGGCGGCGGACCGGCCGGCGGCCCUGCUGGGUGGGGCGGGGGCGGCGCUGGCUCUGCUGCUGUCGGUUGUGGCGGCGGCGGCUGUAAUCUGCUGCAGGACACACAAGCCUCCGGGGAUGAUGAUCGUCCUCAUCAUCGCGCCGCAGAUCGCCGCCCACCCACAGAUGUCUAACGGUUAUGGCGGCACGGGCCCAAGUCGACCGGCAAAACCGGCGCGGAGUCCUGAAUCAGCCGUUCCCGACAGGAUGUGCGACCCCGAGGAAUUAAAGGUCACGCUCUGCAGGACGGACGUGCUGAACGCCGGAAUCCGUAAAGGAGAGGUGUGA